GAGGAGAAAGGCAGAGCUAGAGGUAGGGGACAUAUGUCGGCUUCAAAAGACAAAGCCAGACUGUGGUAGAGCCAGCUGUAAGAAAAGGCAGUGAAUGGCUGUGGAUUACCAUACACCUGAUUUCAAUGUGGUGCAUCACCACUCAAACUGAGGGGUGAACAGAGACAGAAAGGAGGAAAAAGGAAGAGGUAAAUAGCAGAAGAGAGGGAUACGGAGCAGGUGAGGAGGGUGGAGUUAAGAAAACACUGAAGGUGGAACGUAGACAAACAGAGAGCAGCACUUUGAUCCCCUGAGCCUGACAUAUCACCUGAGAAAAACAACACAAUGAAGAGCUGAACAGAACAGCUGAACCUAGACUCCACGUUCAGCUGUGAGGAUGUAUUAAACGUGCCUGAUUGUGUGAAGGAGGGAAACAUGAGCCUGCAAUAACAGGAUCUAACAUUUUCUGUGGGAUUUAAAAGACAACUGAAGGAGCGGAGAUUUGACAGGAUGUCUUCAUUAUCAGAAGCAGACUUCCACUGCAAACAUGGAGAUACAAUCUGUGAGAUCCGCGUCUAUGAGCAGGAGUUGAUCAUAGUGCCCAUAUUGCUGCUGGCCAGCUUCCUGGUCACUCUGGUCUUCAUUUUACUGCUGCACUUUUGUCCCGAGAAAGUCGAUCGGAUCCGUCCACAGGCCUCAAAGUCAGCCUCCAGGAGAGUGCUGCAUGGUAUUGAUGCUCCACCAGGUAUCAAUGUCCUGGAGCAUGAAAGCAUUGCUCUGGACAUGCCCAGUUCCUACUCCACCUUCCAUCCUCCAAACACCUACUCCUCAAAAAACCUCUCCAUUUCUGUGAGCGCACCCUCUCACCCCCCCCCCCCGCAGCAGCCCUUCAAGCCCAUUGUCCAGCCUAGGGAGUUGCCCCGCCAGAGGUUGCCCGAGUCCUUCAACCUGGUCACCCAUCUUCCUGCUGCCUUCUCCCUGCGCACCGACUCUGUGUCCCUGUACAGGGCCCGUAUGGAAAACAGGAAUGUGGUACUGCGAGUGCUAAACGACUCUGCUGAUGCCACAGAAAGACACAGCUUCCUGGGUUUUGCAUCCUUCCUCGCCCAGCUCGGUCCCCAUCCCUUCCUGCCAGAACUCCUUGGAGUGGUCUCCCUGCGAGCUCCUCUGGUUACAGUUGUGGAGGAGCUGGAGAAAGACCUGCUCAGCUUCCUGUGGAGAUGCCGACAGGAACCCGUGGAUCCUCCAUGUGAGAUGACUGAGAGAAGAAUAUUCACCAUGGCCAAACAGGUGGCCUCAGCCCUGGAGUUCCUUCACAGCAAGGAUCUUCUCCAUGGGAACAUCCGUGCCCGCAGUGUACUGGUCAGCAAGGAGUUCACGGCCAAGCUUUGGGGUCUGCAUGGGGUCUACACAAGGAAGAACCAGGGAGCUACUCAGAAAGAUGAUCCCAGCAUGAAGAAGUGGCAGGCACCAGAGGUGUUAGCCAAAAGGCCUGCCAGUCAGAGCAGUGACAUCUGGUCAUUUGGCAUCUUAAUGUAUGAAAUGGCAACACUGGGUGAAGCUCCAUUUGUCGAAAUCUCAGUUAAUGAACUUCUACAGUUUCAUCAACGAGGGAAAAGCCUGAAGAAACCUCCCAACUGCUCUAACACACUGUACUCCAUCAUUAAGGGUUGCUGCCAUUGGAAGGAUCAAGAUCGACCCUCCCUGGCUGACGUGAGCCGAAAGCUCCUCUCGGGAGAGAAGAGUGCCUCUGACAAACCUCUCAAGGUGUCUGGGACAAUUAACAUAGAGCAGUACCUGCAGGAAGCAGGAUACGGGGAAACCAACAGCUACACUGUUUUCUGAUCACUGCCUGUGCCAGCAAAAUAAAUUACACUUUUCUCAAAUACACUAGUGGUGCACUUUUCCAACACAUGUCUUUCAGGUGCAAUAAAAGUGUUCCAGGCUCUGUGUAAUAGUGCUUUGGGCACUGAAACUGUUCCUUUAUUUUGUUAUGUAUUUUCAUACUUCAGGUUUACGCAACCAAAAUGAGGAAAACUUCUAUAUGUUAAAUAAGUUAUUUACUUAUGGGAACCAUUCAUUUUACUCUAAGACCUCACUUGUGGGGAAAAUACAACUAGUAAUUUUGUAGUAGUGGACUUGAAGAUAUGUAAACUUGACCAAUGUACAGCUGCUUCAUUCUGAAAUUGUAGUCGAUACUGACAAUAUAUGAUGGUUUACAAAUGUUUACAAUCUCCAGCCAAUGUAUAUUAAAAGAUGUAAUACAUGUAAUUACUACAUUUUUGUAUGAUUCCAUAUUAGGCAGGGUUGUGGAAAUGAAGGACACAUUAAUGCAAUUAAGCUAUUAUUACACUCAAUGUUUUCUUUAUAAGCUCGGUUUAUGUGGACAGACAGCUAUGAGCAAGAAAUGAGCUGAACUGUUUACAUUUUGAAUAAAUAAUGGUCACAAGGCCGUGAAUGACCUUUUCUUUUUCAAGUGAAUGUCACAGGGUAAUAAA